AUGCUGGCCCAAAAUUUUGAAGUUUCACGACUGGCGAUCCCAGCCGUCAGUGUGUUGAUCAGUUUUCUCGCCUAUACCUCGCAGUACUUCUUUUACAACUUCAAGCCCGCACCGCUGACACUCGAUGAGGGCUGGGCUCUCAAUGUUCUCGCGCUAUGCAUUUGGGUCUGCUAUUAUCGUGCGUGUUAUGUAGACCCUGGACGACUUGAUCCCAAGGGCAAAUCGAUGGCCCCAUCUCGACAGGAGAAGGAUCAGUCCACUGGGCGCCAACGAUGGUGUCGUAGAUGUGAGGCCUACAAACCGCCUCGGGCUCAUCAUUGUAAAACUUGCAAAAGGUGCAUUCCGAAGAUGGAUCACCAUUGUCCGUGGACGUCAAAUUGCGUCUCAUACUUCACAUUCCCCCAUUUCUUCCGUUUCCUGUUUUAUACAGUCCUCGGAAUGGGCUACUUGGAAACUCUUUUGUGGCAGCGGGCAUCCAUAAUCUGGCACGAGCGAGAAAUGCCUAGUUACCUCGGUCCAUCUGUCGCACAACUUGUUCACCUGCUACUUUUGAUCGUCGUGAAUAGUGUGACCUGGUUGGGCCUAUUCAUUCUUCUCAUACGCACGAUGUCGACUAUCCUCUUCAAUACGACAACCAUUGAAUCCUGGGAAAUCGAGAGACACGAAACUCUUGUUCGUCGAGCUCGAGUCUUGGGUGGCUCCCUUGAGGGACCAGGUGGUGUAAACAUCGUGAUUCGCAAGCAGGAAUUUCCUUACGAUAUCGGAAUAUUUUCCAAUGUUGUGCAAAGCAUGGGAGAUACAAUGAACAUAAUCAGCUGGUUCUGGCCAUUCGCCUCAACCCCCGACCGCAAUUCUGGAUGGACAUUCGAGACGAACGGAUUCGAAGAUGCUUCUGUGACAUGGCCUCCGCCCGAUCCAGACCGCAUACCCAUUCCUAAAGGAUCCUAUUCCGUCAACGACCCCGAAAUUCCUCUAUCCUACGCUUCUGCUCGAGAUCAAGUGGAAGCAUUUGAUCGUCGCCAGGCCGCCGACUCGGAUCGGCCAAGGCCGUACUCGACAGUCCAGAGACGCAAACGCUUCCAUGAACGCAUCCAGGAUGAGCCCAACUAUGACAGUGAUGAAGACAAACCAGCAGGGCCUACAUACGGCAAUAAUUCAGAUGAAGGCGAAGAAUCGUGGCGGAAUUCAGAAGGCGAGCGUCUCGGUGAUUUUGGGGUUGACGAAGAUGUCGAAUUCUAUGAUGAGGAUGACAUUCCCCUUGGAGUACUCGUGGAGCAGCGCAGGGGGCGCCAAUGA